CUGUGAUUGGAUAGUUUCACUGGAAGAUUUUUAACAACACAACAAGAGAUACAUGGUAAACCUUAUCAUGAUCAGUGUAACACAGACUUUUUAUAUCCCCUAAUUUUUACAACAAUAACAGGCGCCUGGCACUAGGAGAGACUGAUAAAUAUAUUUAAAUUUUUUUUUUAUUACAUUAGCAGCUGUAAGUCGAUACCUCUCAACUAUUUGACUUCCUUGAUCACUCUGGACAGGCUGCAAACUACUCGAGCUGACAGCUGAUUUCGACGCGCCUCUCGACUGUUCUGCACUUUCUGACAUGGCGUGCAACCUCGCGUCGAAGUUAUUUCGCCCCCCUGUGUUCACACAGCUGGCGUCCCUCAGAUCGGGUUGCGUGUCUCGUGGGAAGGCGGCGGCUGCGGCGGCGGCUGCGGGGAUCAGACACUUGUCCAGCGAUCCGCCACCGGAGAACAUCAGCCGCUACCCAGUCCCAUAUAAGAAAGACCUCCCCUUUGAUAUAGUGGAGCUUAUGGAGGAAGUUGAAGCAAAGGGAGGGUUUUUGCCCAAUGUCUUCAAAGCGCUUUCUCACAGACCAGCAGAGUUCAGAGCCUUCUUUGCUUACUACAAUGAACUCAUGAACAAAGAGACAGGCGGAUUGACCAAGGCAGAUCGUGAGCUGAUUGUAGUGGCUACCAGUAUCCACAACAAGUGCCUUUACUGUGUGGUAUCCCACAGUGCAUUGCAUCGCAUCUACUCCAAGAAACCCACUCUUUGCGACCAGGUCAUUGUUAACUAUGAGAACGCAGAGCUGUCACCUCGUGAGCGCGCCAUGCUGGACUUUGCGAUGGCAGUGUGUCGUGCUGACACCAUCACAGAGCAGCAUUUCAAGUCUUUGGAGGAGGUGGGCUUUGACCGUGAGGAUGCGUGGGACAUUGCUGCCAUCGCUGCUUUCUUUGCCAUGUCCAACCGUCUCGCCCACCUCACCGACAUGAGGCCAAACUUAGAAUUUUAUAAUAUGGGCCGUAUACCACGGGACAAGAGCAAGGAGAAGGGGAAAGAGAAAGGAGAGUAGCGUUACAGACAGAUGUCAGGGUGUUUUUUGGGUUUUUUUGCUCCCUUUUGUGUGAAGAAUUAAAAGAUUCCUGCUUAAAUGAGAUGCAAUAUUAGAUCUAUAGUUAUCCAACUAGAUAAGUAAUUCUAUUUGAAUGUUAACACUAGAAAUGGGAAUUGAUAACAUUUUAAUUGAUACCAAUGCCAGUAUCGAUUCUGCUUAUUGGUCCAGUUCUUUAUCAAUUCCCCGAAAGAUUCCUGAUAAAUUUUCCUAGUGGAAAAAGGGUAGGCCUACAUUGGUUUCCAGCAUCAACACAACUGUUUUGUCAUCUCUGAAUCUGAACACACUGUCGCAACAGAGCAGAAAAAAAGGCAUACAUGUGACUCAGUCUGUCUGUCAUCAUAUAUAAAAAAAAGACAAUAUUUGCUCAGCAUUUAUUUUCAUUUAGAUUUUCGUAGUCAAAGAGAAAACCUGCUAAGCCAGGCUGAGUGGUGCCAUUGUUAUUAUAACACCCUUUCAGCAGCACAGAUGCAUUGUUCUCUCCUCUCUGCCGUGGCUUGUUUAUGUUGGAAGUUUUCAGCAGCAUAGACGCAUGAGUUUGACAUUACUGUUUGCCAAUGUGCAACUAUCAGAAAAACAUACUGAAGUCUGUUUCCCCUGGAGAUAUCGUAUCUUAACCUUUUCCAAACCCUUAGCAUGAAUCCUAACCACUGAGGGCGGCACUACGCAUUAACAACAGGGAAACACUAUUCGAUGGGGGAUCACUAUCCGCAACACCGUCAUUGAUAAAAGGAAGUGAUGAGCUCGGAAGAAAAUGGGUUUGAUGGAUCAGACUAUUUUGAGAACUGGUGCUCAAGUGGAACUGGUUCUCGGUAACCAUCCCUAGUUAACACUGGAAUUAGUUUAUUCUGAGAUCAUAAUUUACGUUCUACAGUCGCUUGAGUGAGCCAUGGUCGACAUGGAGAAACACUUGGCACUGAAAACGGAAGAAAGUGAAAUAACUGACCUCACUGAUAUUUUAGUAAAAGCUUCAAAUCAGUCAAAAGUCUCCUACUAUUACCAAAGUGUUUCUGCACGGUCACCACUUUAAACAUAGCACUUAAAGCUCCCUCACUUUUCUUUAUAAUCCUCUCAUGUGUAAAUGUGCAUUAUAUCUGAAUGACUCCAGUCUUUAAAAUUCCUGCUCAUUUAGAUGACAAAGAGGCAUGAGAGAAAAUCUGUUUGAUAUGUACCUUCCUGUGUGUGUGUUAAUGAGGCAGACACAGUUUUGUCGGUGUAUUAUUUGUCAUUGUCUGUAACUGCUGUCAUUAUUUCUACGUAUUUACCUUGAUAUUUUGACAUUUUUUAGGUGGCUUUAGUUGUCACUUGAAACUUGCCAUAUGGUGGGGAAAAGUUACUUUUUUUGCACCUAUUUGUCCAUUAUAUUAAACUUAAACUGACAUCA